AUGAUGGCCAGCAUCUUUACCGGGGCUACACCAGGACAUCGCUGCCGGGUCAGCCCGAGCUCAGCCCCCGGUAAUAACGUUCAUAACGGUAGCAUGGCCUUGACUUCAUCCGUUACUGUUACCGCAAACCUGAACCUCAGCAUCCCGGUGGACCCACAGGUGGACGACUCCUGCUUCCUCACGGACAUUCUAAUAGAGAACGGGACUGCGCGCGCGCAUUGCAAGCACGGAUGGGUGUACAGCCAGGAGAUUUAUCAAAGCACUACCGUCACCGAGGUAAAUAAUGCCUUUCCCUUAUAAUGUGUUCGGAUUAAUGGGGUUACUAGGAAAAUGUUAGUCUCAUCUGUUCACUUCCAUACUACCAUGGCGCUGUCUCGCCACACUCACUCUCUCUCUCUCUCUCUCUCUCUCUCUCUCUCUCUCUCUCUCUCUCUCUCUCUCUCUCUCUCUCUCUCUCUCUCUCUCUCUCCUACAGUGGGACUUGGUGUGUGACAAUGCAUGGCUCAACAGUCUGGGGUCUUCUGUCUAUAUGUUAGGUCUUCUGGUGGGAGCAGUCCUCUUUGGAGCUAUGGCAGACAGGUACAUAACAUAACCCUUGACCCCAGACCUCUGACCUCGGACCCUCUCUACAUGUUGGGUUUGCUGGAGGAAACUGUCAUCUUUGAAGCUAUGGCAGACAGGUACAGAUGUAGGAUCUUAAUUUGAGACAUACUACAGCAGGAAAAAAUCCUGCAGCAACAGGAAAUGUGAAUUACUAUGUGGAUUAUAAUUAAUGGACAUUUUUGUAGGGGUUGAUACAUUUCUUCGUAAGGGAAAUUUCAAAGUGGAAAUUACAAACUUCAGAAUCCUUUUUAAACAUCAAAUACACUACUAGUGUUUCUGAAUUGCAGGAAUGUUAUCCUGCAACAGGGUGAUCAGAUUAAGAUCCUACAUCUGUAGAACCUACAAUAAACCUUGACCUCUACCAUCAUAUCCUAAACCAGCCAUACUCCCAGAACGGGGUCAAUAAGGACCACGGGUCCCGACUUAAAGGAACAGUCAGACUUUCAAUUUAAUGCUGUUAUGAGUUGUAAUAGUAGAAUGCACAAGGUACAAUUUCGAAAUUUGGUAAUGCAUGAGCAGUUUUCCUCUUGUUAUGUCAUUCACUGAUAGACCUUAGAGAGCUAUUUAUAACCUGUCAGGAAUUUACAGUUGAUUAACUACCAGCCUAUGUUAGCUAGAAAGGAUGUUAGCUAGGUAGGUAAGUUAGGCUAACUAACCAGCUAUCUAAAUCUUGUAGUUACCAUGGCCAGAUUAUGUAAGCCCCAUGGCAAAAUGUGUAGAAUUGUAGGAACUUAUCUUCAAAACUGCAAAAUGUUUUCUUUGCCAAAAAGAGGGGUGUGAACAAUUUGGGGUCGCAUGGGUCGCGAGGUGGGGGUUUGGUACUACGCCGAUAAAUGACAAUAUCCAUCCAGACCUUAGCCAUCUAGGAAAUUUGUGUGACUGGACCUUCUCAAAUAGUAUUUGAGUACACCUGCCCUAAACCCUAACCUCUGACCCCUACCUAAAACCUAACCCAUUGUCAACAGGUACAACAAUGAAUUUGUAACUUCGAUGUCAUACAAUUUGAUAAAUACUUAGUCUCCCUCCCUCCCUCCCUUCGCCCUCUCCCUCUCUCUGUAGGUUUGGUAGGAGGUAUGCCCUGCUCCUCUCCCUAGCACUACAGACAGUGUUUGGAGUGGCUGUGGCUUUCGCUCCAAACUUCCCUGUGUAUGUCCUACUGCGAUUUAUAGUGGGGACUACUAUCUCUGGAGUCAUCAUCAAUGCCUUCGUACUGGGUACACACACACACGCACACGUAUACCCCCCCCCCCAAAAAUGUUGACAAUCAUUUUGUCAUUGAUAUAAGACUGUUAUUUACACGAGACUAAUUUACAUGAGACCAUUCUGCCAAACAUUCAAUCCAUUAUUAGAAUUUAAACAGUACCACAAUGACAUCACCUACAUUCCUUCUUUCCAACCCCAGAACACACAUUAUUCCUAACCCCUAACCCCUAGCUCCAUUCUCAGAAACCUAAACCCCUUAGUUCCACACCACCCGAUCCACUCAAACCUUAAUCCCCCUUCCCCUAAUCCUAACCCGUAUUAUACCUCUCCUUCCUCUCUCCUCUGCCUUCCUCCCACCCUCUCCUCCCCCUCUCCUUCCUCUCUCCUCUGCCUUCCUCCCACCCUCUCCUCCCCCUCUCCUUCCUCUCUCCUCUGCCUUCCUCCCACCCUCUCCUCCCCCUCUCCUUCCAUCCCUCCUCUCCACAGGUACGGAGUGGACGUGUACCCAGCGUCGUAUGUUAGCUGGUGUCUUCACUGACUACUUCUUUGGCCUGGGCUACAUACUAAUAGCUGGACUAGCCUACCUCAUACGAGACUGGAGGAAACUACAGCUGGCUAUAUCUGUUCCUGGCUUUCUGUUCAUCUUCUAUAUAUGGUGAGGACACACACACACACUUAUGCUUGGCCGGUUGCUCUUCACUAUUCAUGUCUCUUUCUCUCUCCCAGAAGAAAAAAGUAAUGUCUGCAACUCUGGUAUUCUCCCAUGGUGACGUUUCGAUCCGAAUUGGAUCUUCGUCAGGUCAUCAUACACCACUGAAACACACCUACCUAAAUAACCUUUAGAUGAAUGAACAUCCGGUCACUUGAAUACAUAUAAUACAUUAACCUCACAAUAAAUAUUACACAGUAGACAUUAUGGAAAAACAGAAAUACAUUUUGUUUUUUAUCCAGUAGGCUAAAAUAGGUGUGCAAUAGAUAAAAAAAUGGGUGAGACAAACGCGUCAAUCAUUUUGUAUACAAUACAAUAUGAUAUGAUAUAUUAUAUACUCAUUCUCUCUCCCCUCAGGGUGCUUCCUCAGUCAGCUAGGUGGUUGCUAGCCAAUGACAGGAGAGAGGAGGCCAUUGUUCUACUACGCAAAGCUGCUACAGUCAACGGACGUGUAUUUCCACCUACUGUACAGGUACCACACAGACACGUCUUGUGUUUUUCACAGUGUUUGAGCAUGCAAAUAAAGUAUUUUAUGUGUGUGUAUGUUUAGGUGGACAGGUGUGAUAUGGAAGGUAGAAGGAGUCACUCAGCUGCAGAUCUCCUUAGAACACCCCAGAUGAGGAAAAGAGCUCUCAUCCUUUUCUAUGUCUGGUAACUAAGAAGUGUGGGUGUGUGUGUGUGUGGAUGUGUUUAACUAUACCUGUAGUAAACUAACAAAAAUUUGACCAACUGGGGACAUUUUGUUAGUCCCCACAAGGUAAAAUGCUAUUUCUAGGGAGUUUAGGGUUGAGGUUAGAAUUAGUGUUAGGGUUAGAAUUAGGUUUAGGGUUAGAAGCUAGGGUUAGUUUUAGGGUUAGGGUUAAGAGCUAGGGUUGGGUUUUUGGGUUAGGGUAUAGGUUAAGGUUAGGGAAAAUAGGAUUUUGAAUGGGACUGAAUUGUGUGUCCCCAGAAGGUUAGUUAUCCAAGACUGUGUGUAUGUGUGUAUCAGUGUCUAACCCUGCUCUCUCUCUCUCUAGGUUUGUGAAUGUAUUGGUGUAUUAUGGCCUGUCGCUAGGUGUAGCUAAACUGGGCUCAGACCUCUACCUGACUCAGUUCAUCUUUGGAUUGGUGGAGAUCCCUGCCAGGUCAUUGGUCCUCCUGUUCCUCCCCUGGAGCAGACGCCUAUCCCAGAGUGGCUUUCUGGCCCUGGGGGGCGUGGCCUGUCUGCUCACUCUAACUGUACCUACAGGUGUGUGUGUGUGUGGGGGGGGAGGGGGGGUGUUUGUAACAUAUUGGGUGAAUUCUGUCCACAAAACAGCUGUUAGUCUGUCCACAAAACAUCACGGCAGGUAGCCUAGCGGAAAAGAGCGUUGUGCUAAAUGACAAAAACAUGUACAAAAUAUUCUCUCUCUAUCCCUCUCUCUCAGACCAUCCCAACCUGUUAACAGGUCUAGCCAUGGUAGGAAAGUUUGGUAUCACUGCUUCCUUCGCUGUUAUCUAUGUCUACACUGCUGAGAUCUUCCCUACUGUACUACGGUAAGAAGUGUGUGUGCGUGCGCAUUCAUUUGUGUGAUUGCUAACUUCAAUUACCAGUGUGUGUGUGUCUACAGGCAGACAGGGAUAGGUGUGUCCAGUAUGUUUGCUCGUGUAGGGGGUGUGUUAGCCCCCCUUAUCAACAUGCUCCAUACCAGAAGCCCCUCUCUGCCCAUGCUCAUCUUUGGCUCCGCCCCCCUGCUUGGCGCAGUUCUGGCCCUGGCACUGCCAGAGACUGCUAACAGACCGCUACCGGAUACCGUGGAAGACGCAGAGAACUGGGAUACUAGGUACUAUGUCUACUGACAGACAGACAGACAGACAGACAGACAGACAGACAGACAGACAGACAGACAGACAGACAGACAGACAGACAGACAGACAGACAGACAGACAGACAGACAGACAGACAGACAGACAGACAGACAGACACAAACACACACCAGGUUUGGGGUCAAUUCCAGUCAAUUCAGGAAGCACAAUGAAAUUCCAACUCCAAUUCCAAUUCUCGUCCAAUGCUUUUCAAUUAGGAAAAUGUGGAAUUGGAAUUUGGUUAACAUUUACAUUUACAUUUUAGUCAUUUAGCAGACGCUCUUAUCCAGAGCGACUUACAGUUAGUGAGUGCAUACAUUAUUCUUUUUCAUACCCCCCGUGGGAAUCGAACCCACAACCCUGGCGUUGCAAACGCCAUGCUCUACCAACUGAGCUACAUCCCUGCCGGCCAUUCCCUCCCCUACCCUGGACGACGCUGGGCCAACUGUGCGCCGCCCCAUGGGUCUCCCGGUCACGGCCGGCUACGACAGAGCCUGGAUGUUAACAUUCUGAAUUGACUGAUACACAUACUGAUACACAUACUCUACAUACACACAUCAACACACAAUCAAGUCCACAAACUAACCCCUAUUUCCAACCAUAACCUGUGUGUUUGUUGACUGUGUUUUUGUUUUAAACGUUUGUUUUCUACUUCAGGUUUCCUCCAAAGAAGGACCAAGGAGAGGACAUUUGCCAAUCAGCAAGCAGCACAGAGGGGCAGGAACUACAGCGCCUAGCAACGGAGUCCUGA